AUGGGAAGAGGAGGCCAAGGAGAGACAAAUGCUGUUGAUGUCAAGAGGCCGCUGCAAGAGUAUACCUGGGACGACAUCAAGGAUAAAACAACAAAUGAGGGCAAAUGGUUGGUCAUCGAUGGACAGGUUUAUAAUGUGACGAGCUGGUCACGGCGACAUCCUGGUGGCUCCAAGAUCAUUAGUCAUUAUGCAGGUCAAGACGCCACAGAUGCCUUUAGAGCUUUCCACAAUGAUCUGAAGCUUGUGCAGAAGUACAUGAAAGCCAUUCAUAUUGGCAGUGUCAAGGAGUCACAGCUACAAGUGAAACCUGUAGAGAAGGAUUUCAGAGAGCUUCGAGAUGUUGCCGAAAAAAUGGGUCUGUUCCAGCCCAACCUGGUGUUCUUCCUGCUACACUUGCUGCACAUCCUGUUGUUGGACCUGGCCGGCUGGGCUGUGAUGUACCAGUUUGGGGCUGGCUGGGGGCCGUAUGUUGUGUCACUGAUGUUGGUGUCCACAGCUGAGGCACAGGUCAGCUGGCUGCAGCAUGACUUUGGACAUCUGUCUGUGUUCAGGAACAGACCAAAGCUGGAUCAUCUGCUGCACUUUCUUACAAUGGGGGUUAUCAAGGGAGCCUCCCCAUCCUGGUGGAACCACAUGCACUACCAACAUCAUGCCAAACCUAAUGUGAUAGACAAAGAUCCAGAUGUCCGCAUUGAGGCUUUGUUUGUCGUUGGAGACAAGAUGCCUGUCCAGGUGGCCAAGGAGAGCAAGAAAAGCAUGCCUUACAACUGGCAGAGUUACUACUUCUUUCUGUUGGGACCACCUCUGCUGUUUCCUGUUUACUUUCAAGUCAUGUUGUUAAGAUACAUCAUUACGAGGAGAGCCUGGCUGGAUCUGCUGGUUGUGGCACUGUUCUUCACCAAGCUCUUCUACCUGUAUGGCCCCAUUCUUGGAUACUGGGGAGCCCUGGCGUUCUACUUCUUCUUCAGAUGUCUGGAGAGUCACUGGUUCACCUGGGUGGCACAGUCCAACCAUAUUCCCAUGGAGAUCAACCAUGACACCGGUUUGCCCUGGUUACAGCUGCAGCUGCAGGCUACCUGUAAUGUUGAGCAGAGCUUCUUCAAUGACUGGUUCACUGGACACCUCAACUUUCAGAUAGAGCACCACCUGUUUCCCACGAUGCCCCGCCACAACCUGCACAAGGUGGCUCCUCUGGUGAAGUCUGUCUGUGAGAAACAUGGUAUUCCCUACAAGGUCAAGCCUCUGGGUACAGCAUUCGCAGAUAUUGUUCGGUCUCUGAAGCAUUCUGGUGAACUUUGGUACUCCACCUAUCAAGCCUACCACACACCUGCGUCCUGA